GUCAGCUGUUGAGCCGCCGCUAGGGACGGACGUCUCUCCCGCGGCCCACACCGCGCCACGCCUCAGACCAGCUGACUGCCUCGCCGCACAGUGGUCAGUCGCCCGCCGAGCCGCGCUCCACCGCGCCUGUGGUGUCGUACUGCGUGUCGCUGACGUCUGCGGAACCCGACGCAACCAUGAGGUGCCGCCUGGGACCGCCGCCGCUGGUUGUGGUCUCCGUCCUGCUGCUGAGCCUGCCGGCACCGACGCUGGCGGUGUUCCCCUGCGUGCUGCAGGAGGGGACGAUGCUGUGCGACUCGCGCAACCUGACGGCCGUGCCGGACCUCUCAGACCAGACCGCAGACAAGGUGACUGAGCUGCGGCUGGAGCGCAACGCCAUCCGCGACGUGUCUGGAGGCCCGCUGGUCAACCUGACGGCACUGCGCCUCCUGUCGCUGGACUGGAACUCGCUAGCCGACCUUCCAGAGGACCUGCUCGACGGCAGCCCCGGGCUGGAAGUCCUCCAGGUCGGCUGGAAUCGGCUGUCCGCGCUGCCGCCCCGGCUCUUCGACAACCUGGCCCAGCUCAGGGUACUGCGUGCCGCCAACAACCUCAUCGUUGAGCUAGACAAUUCGACUUUUGCGUCGGCGCCACUGCUGGAGACUGUGGACUUACGCAGCAACAUGUUGACGUCACUGGAGCCUGGGACGUUCACCGGCCUCAAGAACCUCAAGGAGGUCAUCCUCGAAGAUAACCACCUGUCCUUGCUUCCACCAAAGACCUUCGGAAGCAACCCCAACUUCGUGACCUUGAUGCUGGGCAAGAACAGUCUGACAGAGGUUCCGGCGGACGUCUCAGGUGCGAUGCCGUCUCUGCAGUACCUGGACCUGGCGGACAACAGCCUCUCCGUGUGGGAGCGUGGCGCCUUCCGGGAACUGCAGCAGCUCCAGACGCUGCUUCUGUCCCGCAACAACCUGUCCAGCUUGACUGCAGGAGCCCUGGACAACCUGCCGGAGCUGACGGAGCUCCGGCUCAACGAGAUUGGCCUCACCACGCUGCACCGCGACCUGUUCGUCAAGCAGACGAGCCUACGGUCCCUGCAGCUGCGCAACAACUCGUUGGCUCGCGUCGCCCCGGGCACCUUCCGCUUCAACGGCCGGCUGGCGUCCCUCUACCUGGACAACAACCACCUGGCCGACAUCGAGGUGGGCACCUUCGACCACCAAGGCGAGCUGGCCUUCCUCGUGCUCAGCGGCAACCGACUCACCACUCUCCGCCGGACCAUGUUCACCCGCCUGCCGCGGCUCUCGACGCUGAUCGUGAACGACAACCGCGUGACGAGCGUCGACCGCGACACCUUCUGGGACAACCCGCUGCUCUCCGUGCUCAGCAUCAUCGGAAACGCCAUCGAGCGGCUGCCCGCUGACCUCUUCAGCCGCAACCCGAACCUGCAGGAGGUGCGGCUGCGCAUCAACCGGCUAUCCCUGGUUCAGCCCGGAACCUUCCGUAACAACUCCCGUCUCCAGUACCUGGAGCUGGAUCACAACCUACUGCAGACCAUGGACGUCUCCGUCAUAGAGCCGCUUGUCUGGCUCAAGGGACUGACACUGGAGGGCAAUCCGUGGACGUGCGACUGCGCGCUGGAGCCGCUCUUCACCAAGAUCCGCAAGCACGGCAUCGUGGUCAGGGCCGACCCUGCCAUCUGCGCCAGCCCUCUGGACCUUAAGGGCAAGGAGGUCCUCAAGGUGGUGGGCGAGCUGCAGUGCGGCUGAGAUGGCACCGGUGCCAACAACGCAGGCUGGGCGCAGAGCGAGGGAACUGCCUGUAAUUCAUGUCCACAAUACACCACACUCCACUCCACUCCACUACACAACACCACACUACCAGCUCCACUCAAGCGACUGUUGCAUAUAGUACGCAUUAUUAUACUAGGUAUAGCAGUACACCUUACACUACCAACUGCACAGAAUCAACUUUUCUAUAUAGCACGUACCAUUGUAUAUUGUAUUACAUCAUUUGUAAGUAUACAUACCAUAUUAUACAUACAGUUCUGCAUCACAAAACACUAUCCAAUGCAUGGA